UAUGAAAAAACCGCGAAUGUGGUGUGCUAAUCAACUGUGACGUAUCGACGGUAGAAUCGACACUUCCAUUAACCUACGUAGAUGGCAAACAAAAUAUUUUGCUCUAGAUUACGUUUAAUAGAUUAUUUAGCACGUGUACAACAGCCUAAUUAUAAUAAUGUCUAAUGAAAUAAAGACGGAAAUCCUCUUUAUCAAGGAGGAACCAGACACAGAGUUUAAUUUAGGUGUCACAGAGCAAAAGUUUGUUAUAAACUGUGAUAGCUACUAUGUCAAAGAAGAAGAUACUAUCAACAAUGGAGAUACAAAUUACUUUGAAGCUGCAACAAGUCCAACAAUUGGCAAGUGUGAAAGUGAUCGAGUAAUCAAGUACGAGAUAUUUAAAUGUGACUAUUGUAAAUAUGCAACAAACUUUAAACAUCGUUUGUCAAUGCAUAUGAAUGCUCAUCACAAUUUUCAAUGUGCCUACUGUGAUUAUGUAGCCAAUUUUAAAAGCCGCCUUAAGAGACAUGUGGAUUGCCAUCACACGAAAAGUCAAUUCAAAUGUGACCAGUGUGAUUUUGUAACCAAAUUGAAAUCGUACCUUAGCGAGCACGUGAAUUGUCAGCACAGUCUGAAUGAAUUCAAAUGCAACGAUUGUACAUAUGUAACAAAAUCAAAGAUCUACCUAACCAAGCAUGUUAACGGUUGUCGUGGAUUAAAGAAAUUUAAAUGUACCCACUGUGAUUACGUGACGAAAUGGAGGAAAUGUUUAACAACACAUAUGAAUGGUCGUCACAGCGGAAAUGAGUUUAAAUGCAACCUGUGCGAUUAUGUAACAAAGUGGAAAAGCUACUUGACUAAACAUGUAAAUGGCCUUCAUGGUUCAACCGAAUUUAAAUGUGACCAGUGUAAAUACGUUACAAGUUGGAAACAUCAUCUCGCAAGGCACGUGAAAGGCCGUCACAGUUUGAUUAGAUUUAAAUGUGACGGAUGCAAUAAUAUCGCAAAAUCGAAACACGGGUUCAUCAUGGAUGAGAAUGAAUGUUCUAUUGCGAGUGAAUUACAAUGUGAUCAGUGUCAUCAAAAAACCUAUGGGAGACGUGUCUUUUACCGUGCUCUCCCAUAUCCUGAUGGUUCUAAUGAGUUCAGAUGCGGAAAUUGUGGAUAUAUGACAAAGAGGAAGUGGAGUUUAAUAGAGCAUGUGAAGGCAAAGCAUUUAGAUGUACCGUUGUACAACUGAAGCUAUUGUGAACAUAAAUAAAACCUGUGGUUGUGAUCCGUGUGUACCUCGCACAUUUUUUUACAGAGAAUUUUGAUUAGCAAUUGUGAUGUUGUCGUUUCAUGCACAGGAUGUUUAGUGUGCAGUUUUGUCCUGUACCUACAUGGUUGUUUCAAGUUCAUUAGAAUUUGUACAAUAGAUACAUUGUAAAAUAUUGUUGAACUGACGGAUCUUAUUUUUUACCACCAGCAGGUUAAUAAGGGAGGUAUUUCAUUGGGGUAAAAAUCAUACAUAGAUGGUAAAAAUGCUUCCCUUACAAACUAAAGACCAAUGAACAAAACGCAUCACUCCCCCAGUGAGUCACCAACAGUAAGUAUAGGGUAAGUCAAGAUUGCAGUGCUGGCUUGGGCGACUCCUAGGAUGAAGGUGAUGGUCACCUUGCCUAGGAUCAUUACUGAGAUGUCUAUAACCCGUUAAAUACCCUGUAUAUUUCAACGUCGGAUGCAACCGGUCAAGUAGUUGGAGAUUCUCGGAACAUGAGCCACCGCCAUCACCACCUGUGGAUAUUUUUUAAUUUUUUUCGUAAUUUCUGCAGGAUGUUUGGGAUUUGGGUGCUUUGCGUCACUUGUUGAUUGUUAAAGCAAAGAGUACCCGUUAAAGCUUGUUGGUGGUGGGCUUAUUGUAUUUUGAGUUGUAUUUAUAGAGUUUAGCUUUGUUUUUGGGUUUGUGCGUUAAGAUUCAACCACUGUGGUGUCGGGUAAAGUAUUUUAUGUGGUUUACUCUUAUGUACUUAUAUGAAUUGUGCCAUUUGUUAAUUCAGAUAUUUUCCAUCUACCAUUCUGCUAAUAUGUAAUUUACAACAUGCGAGGUGUUAACGAAUAUCCAUGUGCUUGUGGAAGUCUCUGAUAUCUCAGGUUUAAACCACAUUUAACUCAGUUACACAGUGCACUGGGGUGUACCUAUGUAGAACAUCGACUUCCGUGAAGUAGGGCAUGCAAUGCUAGGUGUAUUUAGUUUAGGGUGACUCGUAACAUUCGCGAAUGCGUGUGCCUUGUUGUAUGUAACUCAUAUCUUUCUACCGUGAGAGGGAGCUCGGACGCUAGAAUAGAAAGGUAUUCUAGAGCUAAGACAUAAAAGGAUCUGAGGGCCCUCGAACCUCCAACUUUAGGGACGAAGUGCUGUAACCAAGGCCGUCCUACCCAUCUCUUAACCAUCUUCAGUUUUGUGUCGUUACGUGACCGAUGUCAGGGGAGUGUUACGAAGCACGGGUAGUAGUUC